AUGGAUAGUCAACUUGUUUCAUUAGUUCCGCCACCUAAUGCCUUGAUGAGCACGGAUGCCGUUAAAUUACAGGGUAAUGAAACUGCACAAAUAUUAAUUCGAAAUGCCUACCACUUUUUUUCUUUAAAUCAUUUACCGAAUGAAAACCCUGUUGAGUUAACAUCCAAAUGUCUGCAAAUCUCGAUAAGUAGUGUGCGCAGAUUUAAAGAUGGACCUCAUACUGGAACUCACUCAUUCAAGCACACAAUAAAUCGCAAACGAAAAUUAACGAGGGACUUAGAUGAUAGCGUCAAAAAUAGAAUUCGCUCAGAAAUUUAUCGCAUGUAUGAACAAAAGCUGCCUCUUACAAUAUCGAGUCUUCUGACAGUUUUAAGAGAAAAAUUUAUUUAUGAGGGAGGAAAAACUAGCUUUUUCCAUAUCUUGAAAGAAAUAGGAUUCAGCUACAAACGAGACAAUCCACAAAAACAUUUUAUGGAAGCUUCUCAUGUAGUUGAAAUGAGACAUAAUUUUUUAAGAAUGUACCAUGAAAAUGACCAAAAAGGUGCAAACAAAAUGCCCUUAAUUUUUUUUGACGAAACAUGGAUAUUUUCUUCUGGAUCAGUUAGGAGGUCUUGGCAGGAUGGGACAAAUGAAGGAAUAAGAAAAAGAACUGGUGAUGGAAUGAGGUACAUAAUUUUACAUGCAGGCUCAGAGAAUGGAUUUAUAGACGGAUCAAGCUUAAUUUUUAAAUCGGGCUCCAAAACAGGAGACUAUCAUGGAGAAAUGGAUGGUGAUAUUUUUGAGAGUUGGUUGGAGAAGGAUAUUUUACCACGAUUGCAAGAGCCAUCAAUGAUCGUCCUAGAUAAUGCCAGUUACCAUAGUCGGCAAAUAAAUAAAUGGCCAACGCAAUCGUGGAAAAAAGAUGAACUGGUAGAAUGGCUGAGAAGUAAAGGCAUCGUAUUUCCACUGAAUAGCACUAAAACAAUUUUAUUAGACAUUAUUAAAGCUCUUCCCAGACCUCCAAAACAUUAUGCUGUUGAUCAGCUAAUUAACAAAGCUGGUCAUGAAGUACUUCGUUUGCCUCCCUACCACUGUCACUUUAAUGCCAUUGAAAUGGUAUGGAGUCAAACGAAACGGUUUUAUGAUCAGCACAUAUUGGCAAAUAAAAAUGUUUUAGAAGUUUGGGAAACAGCUUUAAAUAAUGUAACUAAGGACCAGUGGAAAAAUUAUGUUCGCCAUACCCAUAAUGUAAUUAUGGAAAGUUAUAAAAAGGAAAAAAGGUUGUCUUAUCAAUUAAAGUACAACCUUUAG